GUGUGAUUGUUAGUGACAGACAAAGAUGGAACUGAAGCUGCAGCUCUGCAUCUUCGUGUUACUCAUACAGGUUUCACUUGCGGUGUGGCGGCACAUGACUGUGAAUAAAGGUCAGACGCUCAUCUUAAACUGCCCACUUACUAAUGCUCACAAAAACAAUGUGGACUGGAAGAACCCUGAAGGAUAUGUUAUGUUCUUCAAUCGCAUCAGAGGUGAAGCUUUAAAGGACAAGCGCUACAGCAUCAUCAAACUGUCUGCGUCAGAAUUCACCGUCAGUAUUUCCAGUGUCACCUUCAAAGAUGGUGGCAACUACACCUGCUCUCAGUAUGGCGACCACACAACAGAGAGGAAAGUGGAGGUGACAGUGUUAGGCCAUCCCAGGAUGAAAGUGGCAAAGCAUGACGGAAACUUUGUCAUAAAAUGCACUGCUGAGGCAAACCACUAUCCUCCCCAGAUCUUUUGGAAACUGGAUGAUGGGCCUGAACUUUUUGGUCAAGCCGAAGCCCAUCGUGAAGACAAAAAAUAUGUCACAAUAGAUACGUUACACCUUCGCCCUGUGGAGAACAGAGUCACUGUGAAAUGCCUUGUUCGCCACCCAGCUCUGCACUCACAACCUCUGAUGAACUUUGUCAAAAUUGGCAAAAAAUCACCAACCCCCCAGCGGACAACCACAACCACUUCACCCACAACCCAGCCUCAGGGGUCAACUGAGGUCCCAAGAACAACAACUGGCUGGUUCAGACCAGGGAGAACAACACGGUACCUCACAACCAGAGACGUGAACAGGCCUUCAUCAGAGAGCUCCAUAAAGUUAUCAACUGUCCCCUCCAAUGAGCCAGAGACGGUCAUAACAACCACUAAACCACCUCUGAACCCUGAUACAUCCACAGGCUCACAUCUAAGCACCCAUGAUGACUCAACAACCUCUGUAUUGUCGGCCUCAACCAGGACAAGGAAUGAUACCAUCAGUAAUUCAACGGCCACAACAGGCUGGACAUUUGUGUCUGAGACAACAGAGGAGAUCAUAUCCUACAACCAGACAGAGGGAAACAGAACAGGAAGCGUUAAUGACUCAAACAUGCAGAAAGGAACUAAAGGAAAUUCCUCAUUGCUGGUUUUUCUGGUGACUUGCCUGAUCGCCGGCCUACUGGUGGUAGUCAUUUUUUUUGCCAUCAAGCUGAGAAGGGCACACAUCACCUGGAAGAGAGAAAAUGAGGAGUCGGAUCAAUCCGAGGAGAGUAGUAAAUCAAAGUCAAGCCAGGAAGACAAGAACUCCCAAGGACAAAGAAGGAGAGGGAUCUUCAACACGGCAUUCACGCAGUAUGUCGUUGAAACACCAACAGCGAUAACCUCAGUGAUAAACACUUCUGCGAUGGCAGCAACAGAGAGUGAAAAUAAAGAGCAGGAUUCUCAACCUCGAAGCCCGGCACAAACUCCAGCCAAGAGCAACAUAAAGGAGACAGAGCUAUAACGAUCUGUAAAAUACAGCAUUGAUAACAAUAGCAAUAUCAUCAGCACUUUUGCUAUGCUUGUAUAUUAAGCUGAAAAGCUUUUUUAUCGCACCUGUAAGAAAGAGUAUAUGUUUACACAGAAAAGAAUGUGACAACUUGCCAAUACCCAAAGUACUGUAUUGUACCCUGUAAAUUCUGUAUACAUUUUGUGUUUACAUGUACCAAUAAAUUAUAUUUUG